GUCAUCCAUCAACCACCCAAGUUCAAACAAAAGCGAAUCAAGCAUUGUUAAGAAUGUGGCCAAAAGACAAAUAUUACGAUCACACAAUCAAUACACCUCCCAUGCGUGACCAAUCAAAACCAAGAUUCCUUUUGUGCCCAUAAAAUCCUGCCUUGUUGCUUCUCAAUGUCCACAUCGAUUACUCGCUUCACUCUCCCUUCUCUGCAUGCAACACACAACUCAAAAUUUCUCAUAAACAAAAAUCUUUUUUUUCCCCCUUUUACUAAUCAAUGAAAUCCUUUCAUCUUUCUCACCGUUAUUCUUACGUUUCCAUUUCUUUUGUUCCCUUCGCCCCAAACAAAAAAUUACCCACGCGCUUUCUCUCUCUCUAUAACCGUUAGCGAAGAAAAGUGAUUAUUGCCACUACCGUGUUUGGCAUCUGAUUCUUUUCGGAAGUUUCCAUUUUGAGCAUCUGGGCAUCUUUUCCCCCCGCUUUUCCUUCGAUUCCCCCAUCUGGGUCGGUCUCGUUUUGCUCACUUUCGUUUUUCGUUCCCAUUUUCCCUGAUUCGAAGGAAAUUGAACAAUUGGGGGUGUGUGAAAUGGUUCUUGUUUUCGCCUUGAUCUUCUUUGGGUUUCUUCUUGGGGUGGUGGCGGUUGUGGCUGCCGAAGCUCUUGGGUUUUUGUGGGUCCUGAAACGACUGCGUAGAAGGAUCAGCAGAGACCAGGCGAAAAUCGCGUCGGAAACGCAACUUGGUGGUGCUCGAAGUGAUUCCCAUCAACAGUUACUCAGAAAGGAGGGUGUGGUUUGGGUUUUGGAGCCUGACAAGGUUUCAAAAUUGAGGGUGGAGAAGCAGUCAAAGGAGCAGAAGAGAAAAAAGGAACUGCUGGAGGUGAGUCCUGUUAGGAAGUAUGGGAAAAUCAGUGGGUCCUCACUUGUGCUUACAGACCCUGAUGGCUUGCACACCACAAUUCAGCUUAAGGGGUGCUUAGUGGAAGCUGUUUCAGCUACUAGUCUUCCCUCAAAAAAAUGGGCAAAAAAAUUCCCCAUCAAAGUGGAAGCCAAGACCUCUGUGAUCUACCGUGGAAGCAAGACUUUUUACAUGUAUCUUGAGACUUCAUGUGAGAAAGAAGCAUGGUGUAAGGUCCUCCGUCUGGCUUCUUGUGAUGAGAUUGAAAAGCUCGAAUGGUUUGCCCAGUUGCAAGAAGAGUUUCAUAGUUAUUUGACAUCAUUAAAUACUGAAUAUCAUUCUCUUAUAAAACCACCGGUAGGAUCAAGUGCUGAUGCUAUAGAAAGGGCUAGUAAGCCUGAUGGUGGUCCCUCAAAGGUUCGUCAAUUUUUGAAAAAACUUACGAAAAAAACUUCCCGAGUUGGUGUGGAUAAUAAAUCAGCUUGGACUUCAGUGUCAUGCCGUGAAGAAAGAAAGAACAUUGAGAGGCUUCGUGCUUCUCAAGAUGCAGUUUUAGCCACUACUUUGAUAAAAUCUGCUUCAGCAGCAAACCAUCAUCUGAAAAGUCCUCUGUUAGACAAUGCUGCACCAUUAUCUUCGACCUUAUCUCAUUCAGGAAGCCAGAGUCAUAUCUCUGUCAAUUCUGACGUUGACGCUGAUGAAAAGUUAGGUUUUGAUGAAGGAACAUUAUGCUGGAAUUUGUUGGUUUCCCGAUUCUUUUUUGAUGUCAAAGGAAAUGUGCAAGUGAAGAAAUCCAUCCAAGAAAGGAUUCAGAGAACCUUGUCAAAUAUGAGGACUCCCAGUUAUGUAGGUGAAGUAAUCUGUACAGACAUCAACAUGGGGAAUGUCCCACCCUGUAUCAUUGGAAUGAGGGUUCUUCCCAUGGAAAUGAAUGAGGUGUGUGCCUUAGAGGUUGACAUUGAAUAUUCUGGAAGUGCAUUCUUAGAGAUUGAAACAAGGCUUGAAGUAGGUGAAGAAGAGCUCCAGAAAGAGACAGAGGGCUCAAAUCCAGAGUCGAGCAAUGUUGGGGAUGUCCCGUCAGAUCUUCUUGAACGAUUUGAAUAUUUGGGUGAGCAAUUGAAUCUUGCAGAAGGAAUUAAUGAUUUACAAGAGCCAAAAGGAGAUGACGUGUCUAAGAGCUUUAAGCACAGUACAUCUUCCGCAAGUCAUGGAUCAAGAUGGAAGUCUAUGUUAAAUUCUGUUGCCAAGCAAGUUUCACAGGUUCCUCUCUCUUUGGCAAUAAGGGUAGCAUCCCUCAGAGGGACAUUGCGUUUGCAGAUAAAGCCACCUCCCUCUGAUCAAUUGUGGUUUGGUUUCACAUUUAUGCCCGAUAUAGACUUCAGCUUGGAAUCAUUUGUUGGAGAACACAAGAUAACUAAUUCACACAUAGCUUUGUUCAUGGUCAAUCGGCUCAAGGCAGCAAUUCGGGAAACUUUAGUGCUCCCAAAUUGUGAAAGCAUAUGCCUUCCAUGGAUGCUAGCUGAAAAAGACGAUUGGGUUCCUAGGAACGUCGCUCCGUUCAUAUGGAUCCACCAAGAAUCGGGGAACGAGACUUCAACCUCAGUUGAUAUCAGUAAUCAACCUUCUGGUGGACUAAAAGUUAGUGCAACGACCUUAAGUGAUGGUCCAGAACUCAAACAACAGAAAGCACCAAAGUGUACCAAAUCUAGUCAGGAACCUGCUAGGAAAUCAGAUUCUUUGGCACUUCCUCCAAUUUCCUCUAGUUCAGUAACAUUAAGGAGCAGCAAAAGUUUGCAAGAACUGACAACACCUUUGUUAGAGGAUGACAAAUCACAAGAAACUAGAGAUUUGCCAGAACUUAGAACUACUUCGUUAUGGAAUGACUAUACACAUGAUGAAACUAGGGAAGAAAAAAUGGGGGAAAUUUCUGUGAUUCCAUCACCUUCCCGAAAUGUUGUGAUGGAUAAACAACAUACUUCAAUUGAACGGGAAGAUUCAAGGCCAAGAAAAAUUGGGAGAAGGGAAAAAAUGCUUGAUUUUAAAAAGAAAAUGAGUGAGAAAUUUGAAGAAAAGAAGCGUCACAUUGAAGAAAAGGGUAGGAACAUUGUUGAGAAGAUGAGAGCACCGUGAGAGAAAUAUAAACAAAGUAAAUGUCAGAAUGCUUACAUACUUAUGUUACUGAUUUUUUUACCAUGUCAGAGAUUAGUACCAUUCAUAAAUAAGAAUGUGGGGUAUUAGGUAUUGUUUCAUUGAUGAGUUGUAUAUUGUUUAGGAACUUAGAAGGUCAAAUGGGAAAACUAGAUAUAUACAUCAUAGAAAAUACUUUUAUUGCAUACCACGGCACUGACUUAAUUCACUUGUAAAUUUGCAAUGGCCACGUGGUAUGAUAGAAUAGAAGACUCAUUGGAUUGUUGAUUACCAAAUAAUGUGACAGAAAAAUGAUACUUCAGAUUCGUAGUUGCUCUCAUUUGAGGAAUAUUUUCACUUUA